GUCCGUUACAGCAUCAUCCCAACCGCUCUACAGCACAGCAAACGCGUCAUCGGUGUUAUAGUCAUUGUUUAUCAGUCCAUCACUUGUCACGCUGAUCCAAUAACACCCAGAUUCACGCUCAGUCUCCCGAAUCAUUGAAUCCCCCGGAUCGACUUUCUUCCUCUCGAGCACGACUCAGAUCAGCAUCAACAUUGGCAGGAAGGUCAGAAGACCAUGGUCCGCACCCGCGGACAGGGAGCCCCUCCCGAGGGUUUCACGGAGUAUAAGGUCCCAAAACAACCCAUGAAUGGAAAGCGACGUCGUGAAAGUCAGGAACCCGAGUCAUCCUCCAAACGCCCUCGCAAUGCCGUAACUCCGCAACCAGAGAAACGCCAACCUACGGCUUUCUUCUCUACCCAGAGGAAGAAGUCAUACCUCCUCCAGAAGCCUGCAGUCCACGAAUCACCUCUCUAUGCCAAAGCCUUCGAUUCGCGGUUCAACAUUGACGUCAAUGCCCGCAAGAGGGAUGCCCGUCCAGCACAAGUUCCGGAACCUGCGCCGACGCCGCCGAAUGCUUCUCCACGAUCUUCGCAAGAAGCAGAUCCGACCCCUCCUCCCCAAACCCCAGAAAAGCCAACAGAGCAGGGCCUAUUUGGUAGCGUGAAGAAGUUCUUUGGCGGAUUUAUUGGUGGUUCGGCUAGCAAAACUCAGGCGGAGAAAUCGCCUUCAAGUCCACAGACGCCUCCAACUUCACAAGAGAGAACACGGCCUGUACCUGCAGUCGAAGAAAAAGGCACAACAUCCCAAGCUCUGGUCCGCACCAACGACACUCUUCCACCAUCUCCAUUACAAAAUAAACGGCCUCAGCCUGCUCUGUGGGAGCAAUCCUUCAAGCGGCGGCGGUAUGCAAACAGCCUUCCCAGUGCAAGUAGCAUCCAAGUCGAGUCUGGCACUGCCGAAGAGGUUGAAGAUGCAGAAUUUGUGAGAAAGGAAGCAGGGUCUAAUAAACGAGUGUUGGCAGCCGUCGAUGGCCAUAUCCCUGGUCCCUCCACGGGAGGUUUCGGUAUUGAUGAUAACUACCUCGAUGUCGAAAACGAGAUUGCCGGCGUUGACAAAGAUGCUGAAGGUCCGUCAACUCCCACCAAAGCCAUCAUCGUUCCUUCAACUCCACUUCGUUCAGCACUUCGGCAGAUGGGCACUCUUGGACGAUCGUCCAAAUCAGUUCGAAUCAACCCAAAUACCUCGAUCAAGCAUGUCUAUGGUCAGUAUGGGCCUGCUGGCCAGUAUCACGGAAGCACAUUUUCCGACGGCACUCCGCUAAGCAACACCGACUCAUCGCUGUCGUCUAUUCCAAAGCAUGAUGUGACAAGCAUCCUGUCGCCCACAACGAUCGAGAACACAAGAAAUAAUGUAACUCCAAAGUUUCGUCUCGACUCGAAUGUUUUUGAUCCAAACGACUCAAGCUGGCGUCCGUCCCUGGCCAAUCCAUCUCCAGGUCGUUUCCGAGUUCCCGAUGCAGAUGAGUUUGAUGAUUUUGACGAAGACGAAUUGACCGAACUGGAAAAGGAUCAACAGAAGUCAGGUCAAGACCAAGAUCAUGUCCCGUCGCAGCCUCCUAGUACACCAAGAAUGUCUCAUGCCGAACUUCCGCAACCCGCUUCUCCCUCCUCGGCUGUAAGCGCAUUCACGAACAAUGACGAUGGCAACAUUUUCAAUGACUCGCAGGAGACGCGAUUGAACAAGGCACGAUUGGACGCACAGAAGUACAAGCCCGUUCGAUCAUCUCGUCUGUCACACGGCGAACCGGCGCGAUCUCGAUCAUCUUCACCACCAUUGUCGGAAGGCGAUUUUACCGAGUCAAACCUGCAGAUAGGAACUCCAGGAGACUUCCGUCCGGCUUAUCAUAAUGCGGAUACAUCGGACAUGACAUUGACACCAGGCAAACCCAGUACUCGAGAGGAUUUGGACGACACCACAGUGGGCGAAGAUGGCAAGACCGACUACCAGCGAGAACACGAGUUUGACGAAUGGGCGAUCAACCUCUUCGAGCAAGUGAGGCCACAAUCGUACGAAGAGGCGGGUACGACUGAUAGUUACAUUGGAGGAUUAAUCCAGAAGCAUUGGACGCAGCGAGAUACAGACGACUCGAUUGCAUUUUGGACGCGGGAAUUUGAUGAGGGUAUCAAGGCAGCCAACGAGGCCAGCGCACAGGGCAAGAAACUGCGGUGGAUAACAGAUCCAACCGAGAUUGCCGAGCAUAUGGCGGCGGCUUAUUAGACAAAGGCUAGGGUUAAAGCCAGGUAAUGAACAAAUGUCGUCGAAUCAGCUUGUCUGAUCGGCGAGAAGAAUAUUCCAACUUUCCAGCACCGGGUGGCGGGGUAUCAUAUCGAGGCAUCAUAUCGUCUUUGGCCAGUGACAUGAGGGAACUUGAGAAAGAGUUGGAGGGGAAAGGUUGGGGGGAAGAUUGUGCGUGAAGGAACACUUCAUCCGUUCAUAUCGGCUUGAUUUGAAUAUCAAUUGCCAAGUGACAGAGAUAGAGGAUUACUCGAUGACCUUGGAUUCAUCCUUGACCACCUUAAUG